AUUCGUAACAGUCUUCCAGUCGGUCAUGGGCAGCGGUCACUACUUGCCUUGAAGCAUUAAUGAUCCUCUUCAGUGAUUCAUUACACAGGGCAGGCUUCAUUCCUCGAUCGCCAUGGCCAUCUCAGCUAGUACUGAGCAGUUUGCGAGAGCCAUAUCAUGGCUCUGCGGCUGGGUGUACUUUACAGCUUGGACACUGUCCUUCAUCCCGCAGCCACUCCUUAACUACCGAAGAAAGACAACGCAAGGCUCCAUGCCGGAUUUCCCUCUUCUGAACAUUUUCGGCUUCUCUUGCUACUCACUCAGCACGACCCUAUUCCUGUAUUCUCCAGUCAUUCGGAAGCAGUACGCUGAGAGGCACAGCCUAUCUCCUGAGCCCACGGUGCGGUUCAACGAUCUGGUCUUUGGACUGUUCGGUCUUACCAUGAGUUUCAUUACGUACUCUCAAUACUGGCCGCGGCUCUGGGGAUGGGAACGACAAUCUGGAGUCAAGCGAAGGGCCAACAUGAUCACUCUGGGCCUCAUCUGGGGUUCCUUGCUCGGGUUGACGACAAUCACCGCGAUCGUCAUUGCUUCCGGGAACGGCAGCAGCAGUUCUGACGCAAGAACAUGGGUCUGGCUCGAUGUGAUCUAUUCCAUGCAAUACGUGAAGCUGUUGUUGACAGUCUUCAAGUACAUACCACAGGUCGUGGAGAACUUUCGACGGAAAUCGACUUUGGGUUGGAGCAUUGUGCAACAGCUCAUGGACCUCACUGGCGGUGUUCUCUCGCUCGUGCAGCUCGUAAUCGACUCAUCGUUGCAGGCCGACUGGACAGGCCUCAGUGGUAAUCCUCUGAAGCUUGGUCUCGCAAACAUGUCUCUUCUAUUCGAUACGAUAUUCAUAGUGCAGCACUACUGUCUAUACGGUCCAGUGGAGGAACACGUUUUGCGCAAGGAGGCUUCGAUUGACUCGUCGAUUGACGCGCAAGAUGACAGGCAGCCGCUGAUGUCUGCAGGGCAAUAA